CUGGCCGGCACAACCAUUCCAGCUAAAGGGGAGGAGGACUUCCUCACACUGGCAGCCUCACGGCUCAGCCGAAAGAAACGUGUCAUUGGGGCUGGAGUCGGCGUGGCCAUGGUUCUGGUCCUGCUGGUAGCCAUUCCCCUAUUGGUCCACACCACCAAGGGGGGAGGGUCCGGAGGAGGAGGCACGCACUAUGAGAUGCUGGGUAGCUGCAAGAUGGUGUGUGACACUUUCACCCCCCCACAGGGAGAGCUGACAGCCGUCUCCCCUCAGCCCCCAGACUUCUCAAACCGCAGGGGCAAACAGGGGUUCAGAGGAAGCCCUGGACUUCCUGGUCCUCCAGGUCCUAAAGGCCCCCCUGGAGAGCCCGGUAAGCCCGGCCCACCUGGCCCACCAGGGCCUGGACCUGGUGGUUACGGCCCUUCCUUCUACAGCCCCAAAAUUGCCUUCUACGCCGGCCUCCGGAAGCAACACGAAGGGAGUGAAAUACUCAAAUUUGACGAUGUGGUGACCAAUGUAGGGAACUACUAUGAGCCGAGUACCGGCAAGUUCACCUGCCCUCUGCCAGGUAUCUACUACUUCACCUACCAUGUCCUGAUGAGAGGAGGUGAUGGGACGAGCAUGUGGGCAGACCUGAAGAAGAAUGGACAGGUGAGGGCCAGUGCAAUCGCUCAAGACGCAGAUCAGAACUACGACUACGCCUCCAACAGUGUUAUCCUGCACCUGGACGUGGGGGAUGAAGUGUGCGUGCAGCUGGACGGGGGCAAAGUUCACGGGGGAAACACCAACAAAUACAGCACUUUCUCCGGCUUCCUCAUCUACCCUGACUGACAAUGUCCUCACAUUCCUAUACUCCCCCUCUGUAAUCAAGCAAAAAGUUUCAUCUCCUUUCUUCAUCUAACACUGCCAUAAUGUAAUUUGUCAUUUAACUGCCCUUCAGUAAAUGAAACAUUGUAAUAAUAUGACCACGGCUAAUAGAUAGAGCUUGAAGAGAAUUUGUGUAAAAAUGAGUAUAAUAUUGUACAUAUUACCAGAUAACAUUUACUCAAUAUAAUACACUUGUGUGAUCACUAUUAUGUGCCAUGUACAGUAUGUGUAAGCAUGGCUAAAACACAAUUUAAAUACAUCUUUUUCAUAUGCACACGUUUGCCUGUACACACGCGAGUGUCCACACAUUAAGUGAAAUUUACUUGUUGUUCUGAGAGAGGAUGAUCGUGCCGGCCACCGCUCUGAAAUCGACUGGAAUGAUAUCUGAAUGUAGACUGUCAACCGAAGUGUGCGUAUUCGGCUGCGGCCUUUCGCCUUUACCGUGAAAUGGAUUUUCAAUACGGCCGUAGACGUCAAACAAGAAAAGUCAUGAAUAUAUUGAUCAGAGCUGAUAAUAGAGCCAACUUCAUGGUCAUAAUCCGGUGUGUUGUAUGUCUGUGUUGAUGCCGCAUACACGCCUGUGCUUGCCCUUUAUUUUGUGCUGAGGUGUAAAAGCAUCAUGUUACUAAUGGUAUGACUUGCACAGUCUCUGACUCCUGCAAGAGGGAGGAGGGGGGGUUUUGAGAUGUUGAUAACAGACCUUUAACAAACCCAAUAUGUCAAUACUGAGAUUUAGCUUCGAGAUUUAUCCUGACACCACCUCAUCAUAUCUUGCUAAUGAGCUGAGGCUUCUUCUACAGCCUCACCUGUUGGGCGACACACAAAUCUUUCCUCUUUAAAUAGUGAUAGUUUGGGAAAUAUGGUGAUUUUUCAAUAAGAAGAUCAUGGAAUGCAGUCGAAUAGCUGAAGUAGUUAGUUUGACAUGCUAUCUGACCACCUUAAAUGUUGAGAUUGAUGGAUUGUGUUAAAAGCUGGCUGUCAUAGGGAGGUUUAGAAUUGAUAUUAUUUAUUUUUAGAGAGUCUCACAUGGAAGGCUUCCAUAAUGUUCUACCCACUUCUUCAGUCAUGGCCACUAAAUUCGAAAGAUUGUGUUUUUUCUAUCUGCAGAAAUGUUUUUUGUGUGGCAUGGCUUUGCCGAGAAAUCAGUCUCUCCACCCUUCAACUCACAUAUGUGGAAAGCGUAAAGCAGGGAGAGCAGCAGGAAGACCCUCAUACAGAACAGAGCAGGCAUCAGUAACAACAGAUAGGACACUGAUGCAUGACGGGAUGAGAGGUGGGUGGCAAAGCGGCUUGCAGAUGAGCAAGCUAAAGCAGCAUAUACAACACUAUCAGUUGAUGCUGACCGGCACCGAGAUCAGCUGAUGUGUCAGGACUGCAGCUGAGCUUGACUUCAUGGCCUGCCUGAGCUAAUGCUCUGCUGAAAUUGCGCAAUGGAUUUAAAAAAAGAGAGAGCCUCCCUACCUCCUCACAGCAGGCCAAUCACAAGAGUGAAGCGGUUGUAAAUGUGUGAUUGCAAGAAAAACAGUUUCCCAGUCUAGUUCCCAAAAUGUGAAACUUUUUUCUUUUUAAUUUUAAUGUGAAUGUAUCCAUGUGAAAAAUCUCUUGAUGUUACUGCCAUGUGCCAUACCUAUAGGUUCUCUGUGCCUUAUACUAUCAAUUUAUUUUUAUUUUUUAUGCAUGAGAUGGUUUUCCCUUGUUAAGCUAAGUGAAGAAGAUGGUCCACGUCAUGCAAAUAGAAGUCAGACACACUACUUAUAAGAGGGGCUGUCUUUACAAUGUUAGUGCAUACUCACUUAAUGAAAUGCACACGUUUAUGUUGCAAAUAGUGACUACGAAUCUUUGUGUGUAACUGGAUGUUACUGACCCUUGUAAAUAAAAGGCCACAAAACUGAGACCAAGAUUAAUUCUGUAUGGUGGGAAUCAAUGACAGCAGCAUGACACGGUGUAAUUGAAACUCUGCAUCCACAAAAAUUGUAAUAUUUCAAUGGAUCCGAAUUUUCACGUUUAAUUUUUUAACAUUUUCUAAUAAUAUACCUUGAACGUAAAACUCUUUUUAACACAUUUGUUAGAGUUUAGUGCCGUGCAAGUAGAGGGCUUCAUUUUAAAACGUGUGAAGGAGACGUUAUUAUUGAGGUAGCAUGACCAUACCCAGAUAUUUGGAUGUGGAUUAUUCUUACUCUUUUCAUUCUUGUGGUGAAAUUGAAAAAAAAAACCCCAUCUUAAUGUCGUAUAUUGUACACAGACAUCCCCCAUGUGUAGCUUCAUUUAACCUCUGCGCCACGAUGCAUCCUACUGUGUGUGUUUUCUGGCGCUGCUACCUCUGUUCCCAGUAAAGAUCCAUUGCUCUUACUGUUCUUUGCGAGCUGAGACCAUGAAAUACAAUUAAAAAAAAGAAGAUUCAGGAUGAUUUUACUG